AUGAGUGGAGAACAGCAACCAGAGUCGGCCCCAGAUGGUCUUGCACCGGGAGCAGCGGCGGGUGGCGAACCGGGAGCGGACGGAAUCGUCGGAGGACCACGGACGCCUCAGCAGAUUGCGGCACAGAAGCGACUGCAGCAAACCCAGGCACAGGUCGAUGAGGUUGUGGAUAUCAUGAAGACGAACGUCGAGAAAGUGCUGGAAAGAGAUCAAAAGCUGUCAGAACUGGACGAUCGAGCCGAUGCGCUGCAGCAGGGUGCAUCGCAGUUCGAACAGCAAGCCGGCAAAUUGAAGAGGAAAUUCUGGCUACAGAAUCUAAAAAUGAUGAUAAUAAUGGGCGUUAUUGGUCUCGUCAUACUCGCAAUUAUUGUAGCGAAAUUCAUGCCUGCAGAUCAACCGCAGCAGCCUAUGAUGAUGAUGGGCGGCCAGCCGAUGCAACAGAUGCCGAUGCAGCAGAUGCCGGCCGCACCACCGGCCCAACCAGCAGCCCCGGCCGCCCUGGUACAGGACGUUUCGGCACUGCUAACCGGUGGCGGUUCACAGCUGAUCAAGAACUAA